GUUGAAACGACGUGGCUUAAGGCCGUUCCCCAAAUCAAUGUCGCGCAAUCCCAAUCUUCCUGCAGACCUAAAAUUCAGAGACUUGAAGGUAUGAAGACUUCGGCGUAAAAUUGAAUAUACAUGGCUCUGUGGUCGUCACCGUCAACUUCGUCGUCGCCGAAGGGGAUAGUGAUAACGGUGCCGGCGCUGGUUCUCAUGGCGUCAGUUGCCGCAGUUUUCUUCUUCUUUCUCUUGUCCUCUUUAUCGUCGCCGUGCACUUGCGGCGGCGGUGCUGGUAUUGCGCAUGUGGGUUAUGUCGGUGGACCCAGUGUCGGCGUGUCGGAGGGCGGAGGAGGAGAGACGAUAUGGUCAUCGAAGGAGGAUGUGGAGUGGGUGAAGGAUCAGAUCCGAGUGAACGGGUUGCAUAUGCAGGAUAACGUGUUGAGGAAGGGAAUUAACCCUCGCACCAGAGCUCAGCAGCUUGAAGAUCUCUUGCAAUUCAAGGGUAUAUCUCACUAUGAAGGACCUGAUUCGGAAAAUCAUACUGCCCUCCCAUGCCCUGGUGAGCUCUUGACUGAGGAGCACCACAGUAACUACGGUGAGCCUUGGGCAGGUGGGCGAGAUGUUUUUGAGUUCCUCGCCCAGUCCUCUCAUCUGAAGCCUGACUCCAAUGUCCUUGAGAUCGGUUGUGGUACCCUCCGAGUUGGUUUGCAUUUCAUUCGCUAUCUUAAUCCCGGACACUUCCACUGUCUUGAAAGAGAUGAGCUCUCGCUAAUGGCUGCCUUCAGAUACGAGCUUCCUUCCCAAGGUCUUCUGCACAAGCGCCCUUUGAUUGUGAAAGGUGACAACAUGGACUUCAGCAGAUUUGGGUCCAAUGUUGUGUAUGACUUGAUCUAUGCUAGCGCUGUGUUUCUUCAUAUGCCUGAUAAGCUUGUGUGGGUUGGAUUAGAGAGAUUGACAAAUAAACUGAAACCCUAUGACGGGCGAAUCUUCGUUUCCCAUAAUAUCAAAUUCUGUUUGCGGUUGGGAGGAGACGAGUGUACAAAGCGGCUCACGAGUUUAGGCCUGGAGUAUGUCGGAAAGCAUACACAUGACAGCUUGCUGUUUAAUCACUAUGAAAUCUGGUUCGAGUUUAGGCGGACAAAGGCUUAGAGUUGCAGAAUUUAUUCAUUUUUUCACUGCCUUCCGUCCUACUUUAGAUACGGGAUGUGAAGCGAUGCGUGGCUGCGGUGCUCUUGUGGUAUUUGUUUUAUAACUUUGGCCACCAUUCUCUGAAGGUCAAGUCUUUUGACCUUCUAUUUAUGAUUGUACUUGUUAGAGUGGCAGAUCGUUUGUGCAGGAGGCUGAGGCCUGUUUUGUAUUUUUGGAUAGGAAAAUUGUAACCUCUAAGAAUUUGAUAACACUUUCUUUGAAUUUAUAUAAGCUAUUCAUUUUUCCUUCA